GGUGUCUCAAUUCCCAAGGACUUUUUUUCCUGAAAGGGAAUUAACAGGUGAGUCUGUUGUUGCUUUGGCAACAAACUUUCAGCACCUACCUAACUCUCCGGAAUGAGAACAUAUCUAUUAAUACAUUCAAUAGACUGGGGAGUUGAGUUGCCCCAAUGCAAAUUUUCUUCCAGGUGCCAAACAGCUUAGCGGGCUCAGGUAGCCCUUGGUGGCGCUGCGGUGAGAGGCUGGUGAAGCGGAAAGCAGCCGUUGCAGUAUUCUGUUUCAGAAAAGUGAAAGCACAUCCGCAGCAGUUGGCGUCCACCGCAGAGUGCGCUUGUGAGAACCGAUGGCGGUUGCUCCCAGGAAACCUUUGCAACGCAGGCAAGUGGGAUCUCUUCUCAUUUUUCUGUGCGUGUCUGUGGGGGGCGCGACAACCAUCCGCUAUUCGGUGGCGGAGGAGAUGGAGAGCGGCUCCUUUGUGGCCAAUGUGGCUAAGGACCUGGGGCUGCAGGUAGGGAAGCUGGCUGCGCGCGGGGCGCGGCUCGUUUCCGAGGGCAACAAGCUGCACUUUCGGCUCCACCGCAAGACAGGGGAUUUGUUCGUGAAGGAGAAACUGGAUCGGGAGUCACUUUGUGGCAAAGCCGACCCGUGUGUUCUGCACUUUGAAAUAGUCCUGGUGGAGCCGCUGCAGUCCUUCCGUGUGGAGGUCAGGGUAUUUGAUAUCAAUGACAAUGCCCCGAUUUUCCUAAACAAGGAGCCGCUCCUAAAGAUUCCGGAGAGCACCCCCUUGGGUUCACGGUUUCCUCUGCAGAGCGCCCAGGAUCUGGACGUGGGCCUCAACGGUCUCCAAAACUACACCCUGAGCGCCAACGCCUAUUUCCACCUGCACACCCGCUUCCGCAGCCACGGCCCCAAAUACGCCGAGCUGGUGCUGGAUAAGCCCCUGGACCGAGAGGAGCAGCCUCAAGUCAACUUGACGGUUACAGCCGUGGACGGCGGGUCCCCGCCCAAGUCCGGCACUGCCCACAUCCGCGUGGUGGUGCUGGACGUCAACGACCACGUGCCCCAGUUCUCGCGACUGAUGUACCGCGCUCAAGUGCCGGAGAAUAGCGCCAACGGUUCUUUGGUGGCCACGGUGACUGCCGUGGACCUAGACGACGGCACCAACAAGGAGAUAACUUACUCCUUAGCUCAAAACCCAGACGCGAUUCUCCAGACGUUUCAGAUUGACCCUCAGAGUGGAGAGGUUCGACUAAGAGGGCCCCUAGAUUUUGAAGCUAUUGAAACAUACGACAUUGACAUUCAAGCUACCGAUGGAGGCGGCCUCUCCGCCCACAGCAAAGUCCUGGUAGAAGUGGUGGAUGUGAACGACAAUCCUCCGGAAGUGAUGGUCUCCUCUGUGUCCAGCCCUCUCCCCGAGGACUCGCCCCUGCAGACCGUAGUGGCCCUUUUCACUGUCCGAGACCGGGACAUUCGAGUGGGAGGAAAAAUUACCUGUUUCCUCAAAGAAGACCUUCCCUUUGUAGUCAAACCUACAUUCCGGAAUUCCUACUCCUUGGUCACGGACAGAGGCUUGGAUCGGGAGGGGGUCUCGGGCUAUAAUAUCACCCUUGUGGCCAUGGAUGCUGGACCACCCAGCCUGUCCACGGAGACUGUGAUAGAGGUGCUAAUAUCUGACAUUAAUGACAAUCCCCCAGUAUUUCAGGAAGACUGCUACAUCUUGACUGUUAGAGAAAACAACAGCCCUGCGGUUUUUAUUGGCAAAGUCCAUGCUGAGGAUCUAGAUUUGGGGGAGAAUGCCCAAAUAACAUAUUCCCUGCUGCCUCCAAAGAGUGGAGAUCUAUCAGUCUUUGCUUACAUCUCCAUAAAUUCAGACAAUGGGAAACUCUAUGCAUUGAGAACCAUGGAUUAUGAAGCCAUUCAAGAUUUUCAAUUUGUGAUAAAGGCAACUGAUGGGGGUUUCCCAUCGCUAAGUAGCCAAGUUACUGUCAAAGUUGUUGUUUUGGAUGACAAUGACAACCGUCCAAUGAUUUUGUACCCACUGCAGAAUGGCACCUUGCCCUGCAAUGACCUGGUGCCCAGGUCUGCGGAGGCAGGCUACCUGGUGACCAAAGUGGUGGCAGUGGAUGGUGACUCAGGUCAGAAUUCUUGGCUUUCAUACCAUCUAUUUAAGGCCACUGACCUUGGGUUAUUUUCUGUUCAACAACAAAAUGGAGAAAUUCGUACAUUACGGCAGAUUUCUGAGAGAGACCCCAUGAUGCAGAAAUUGAUCAUUCUUGUUCAGGAUCAUGGUCAACCAGCUCUCUCCACUACUGCUUCACUCAACAUCCUGCUGGUGGAUGGCUUUUCAGAGCCCUACUUGCAGUUCCGGGAUCCAUCCAAGCAUUCUAGAAAGGUAAAUCCAUCCACUAAAUAUUUGGUCAUUUCUCUGGCUGUGCUUUCCUUCCUCUUUCUCCUCUCUGUCACAGUGAUCUUUGUUAUACACAUCUACCAAAAGAUUAAACAUAGAGAAAAGUUCACAAUUCAAGAGCAUUUCUACGAUGAUUGUCAUUUCCCUAACAACCUGGUACACGGAGGAGGCAAUGGAUCCUUAUCCCGGCCUUUUCCCCACGAAAUGUGUUCAGCCACUGGCACUGGGAAUAGUGAGUUCCGGUUUCUUAAGCGCUUUAUGCCCAACUUUCCUUUCCCUCAUGCCACUGGAGAGAUAAAAACAGAGACUGGCUCCAGUUUACCUCCAGAUUCUAAUAGAAAUAAGUCUCGGAGAUCAGAGGGACAUGCCCAGGUAUCUGACGACUAUAUGUAGCUCAUGUUUACAGCCCUCAGUGAGAGAAGAGAAACAAAAUUUUCUGCUUGGUAUGCAGAAAAUUUUCCCAUCCGCGUUGAAACAAAAAUGGUAGUAGAUUGAAGCUUUAGUGGAGACAGGAGUAGCUAGUUUGAUGAAAAUGGGAAACUCAAAGUGAGUCUUGGCUUACUUAGUACAAAACAGUUAUUCUGAUUCUCAGCUCAUAUUAUCUGUAACCCCUUCUGCAGUUAGAUUUUGUUUAUAGAAAUUUCGCCAUCUAUAAGUGCAUAUGUGGUAGGAACUUCUCUUUUUCCAUCUCUUCUGUGCUAGAUAAGUAAUGAAUGAACCAUUAUUUAUAUCUCCCCUGGCCCAGGAAACACUUAGUUCCACAGAGAGAUCCUAUUAUUAUAUCUUUAAAUUAUUUUCCAGUAGAAAGUUAUGCAGUCAUAAGGAAGAGAACUAGCUUCUGUUUUCUUGUUUUUUAGAAACAGGGUCUUGCUGUACAUUCAGACUAAAGUAUAGUGGUAUCA